GGAUACAAGAAGUAACAGAAUCUAAUCCCAAAUAGGCUUUGUAGUUUAUCAGCAGUAGAAUAUUUUUAAUUAUACAUAUUUAUUUAUAAUCUGUUUCCCUCUCUUGUUUAUCUACAUUAAACAUGCUGCGAGUGAGAGCUGCCGUCUGUCAGUUUUGGAGGGGGUUCAAGACCUUUUCAUAUGCAGCUGUGGAGGUCAAGAAUGAGCCCAUCCUGGGGUUUAAAGAGGGAAGUACAGAGAGAGCAGAACUGGAGAAGGCAUUAAACGAUCUAAAGGGAAAGACGGAAGAGAUUCCAUGUGUGGUUGGAAAUGAAGAAGUUUGGACCAAAGAUAUCAGAUACCAGCUGUCUCCCUUCAACCAUUCUCACAAAGUGUCCAAGUUCUGCUAUGCCGAUAAGGAGUUGAUAAAUAAAGCCAUUGAGGCUUCUGUGGCCGCACGUAGAGAGUGGGACAUCAAACCAGUUACAGAUCGAGCUCAGAUCUUCUUCAAAGCUGCUGACAUCAUCAGUGGACCCAAGAGAGCAGAAGUUCUGGCCAAGACCAUGAUCGGACAGGGUAAGACGGUUGUCCAGGCGGAAAUAGACGCUGCUGCAGAACUCAUCGACUUCUUCAGAUUCAACGCCAAACAUGCGAUUGAACUAGAACAUCAGCAGCCAUUGAACAGUGAUGGAAGUACCAACACCAUGCUGUACCGUGGACUGGAGGGAUUUGUAGCCGCUGUCGCCCCCUUCAACUUCACAGCCAUUGGUGGAAAUCUGGCGGGCACACCCGCUCUAAUGGGUAACGUGGUGUUGUGGAAACCCAGUGACACUGCUAUGUCUGCCAGCUAUGCCGUCUAUAAGAUUCUGCGGGAGUCUGGACUGCCACCCGACAUCAUCCAGUUUGUGCCAGCUGAUGGGCCAGUAUUUGGAGACACCGUCACAUCCUCUAAACAUCUGGCUGGUAUUAACUUUACCGGCAGUGUCCCAACUUUUAAGCGAUUGUGGAAGCAGGUGGCCCAGAAUCUGGACAUCUAUCGUAACUUCCCUCGUGUUGCUGGAGAAUGUGGUGGCAAGAACUUCCACUUUGUGCACAAGUCGGCAGAUGUUCAUAGCGUGGUGAACGGCACCAUCCGCUCUGCGUUUGAGUACGGAGGACAGAAAUGUUCGGCCUGUUCCAGGAUGUAUGUACCAGAUUCACUGUGGCCUCAAAUCAAACAGGGGCUCCUCGCUGUGCACAAACAGAUCAAACUGGGAAACCCAGUCGAAGAUUUCAGCACGUUCUUCUCCGCAGUUAUUGAUGACAAGUCCUUCUCGAGGAUCAAGGGUUGGCUGAAACACGCCAAAUCUUCUCCACAUCUGAAGAUCAUCGCUGGGGGAAACUGUGAUGAUAAAACAGGAUAUUUUGUGGAACCCACAAUCAUUGAGACCACAGACCCACAGGAGAAAAUUAUGAUUGAGGAGAUCUUUGGGCCCGUCCUGACAGUAUAUGUUUACCCUGAAAAUGACUACAAAAAGGUCCUGCACUUAAUAGACAACACAUCUCCGUACGCCCUAACAGGAGCUGUCUUUGCUCAAGAUAAGGCUGUUAUUGACGAAGCAGGAAAGGCCUUGAGAAACUCUGCUGGAAAUUAUUAUGUCAACGACAAAUCAACAGGAUCCAUUGUGGCCCAGCAACCGUUUGGUGGCGCCAGAGCAUCAGGCACCAACGACAAGCCUGGUGGUCCACACUACGUCCUCCGAUGGACAUCUCCACAAGUCGUCAAGCAGACGUAUGUGCCGCUUACAGAAUGGAAAUAUGCCUACAUGGGUUAAGAGGUCAUGCCAGUCUUGCCUAUAUCUCUGACCCAAAAGCUUUCCUUCCCCCAAAUCCCUCCAUCAAGACUUAUAAAACAAUCAAAUUAAUUGUCCUCUGAUGUCCCAUCUUGCCCAAAUGACUUGCUGAAAAAGGCACACGAGGGCUGUUAAACUGUUCCAGAACAGAAGACUCCUGCCUACUUGUGCUGCCUUGAACAUACACUGGCGGCCAAAAGUUUGGAAUAAUGUACAGAUUUUGCUCUUAUGGAAAGAAAUAGGUACUUUUAUUCACCAAAGUGGAAUUCAACUGAUCACAAUGUAUAGUCAGGACAUUAAUAACAUAAAAAAUUAUUAUAACAAUUUGAAAAAAAUAUUCAGAACUUCUUAAACUACUUCAAAGAGUUCUCAUCAAAAAAUCCUCCACGUGCAGCAAUGACAGCUUUGCAGAUCCUUGACAUUCUAGCUGUCAGUUUGUCCAGAUACUCAGGUGACAUUUCACCCCACACUUCCUGUAGCACUUGCCAUAGAUGUGGCUGUCUUUUCGGGCACUUCUCACGCACCUUACAGUCUAGCUGAUCCCACAAAAGCUCAAUGGGGUUAAGAUCCAUAACACUCUUUUCCAAUUAUCUGUUGUCCAAUGUCUGUGUUUCUUUGCCCACUCUAACCUUUUCUUUUUGUUUUUCUGUUUCAAAAGUGUCUUUUUCUUUGCAAUUCUUCCCAUAAGGCCUGCACCCCUGAGUCUUCUCUUUACUGUUGUACAUGAAACUGGUGUUGAGCAGGUAGAAUUCAAUGAAGCUGUCAGCUGAGGACAUGUGAGGCAUCUAUUUCUCAAACUAGAGACUCUGAUGUACUUAUCCUCUUGUUUAGUUGUACAUCUUCCACAUCUCUUUCUGUCCUUGUUAGAGCCAGUUGUCCUUUGUCUUUGAAGACUGUAGUGUACACCUUUGUAUGAAAUCUUCAGUUUUUUGGCAAUUUCAAGCAUUGUAUAGCCUUCAUUCCUCAAAACAAUGAUUGACUGACGAGUUUCUUUUUUUGCCAUUUUUUGAUCUAAUAUUGACAUGCCAGUCUAUUGCAUACUGUGGCAACUCAAAAACAAACACAAAGAGAAUGUUAAGCUUCAUUUAACAAACCAAAUAGCUUUCAACUGUGUUUGAUAUAAUGGCAAGUGAUUUUCUAGUACCAGAUUAGCAAUUGAGCAUGAUUACUCAAGGAUAAGGUGUUGGAGUGAUGGCUGCUGGAAAUGGGGCAUGUCUAGAUUUGAUCAAAAAUGACUUUUUUCAAAUAGUGAUGGUGCUGUUUUUUUACAUCAGUAAUGUCCUGACUAUACUUUGUGAUCAGUUGAACGCCACUUUGGUGAAUUAAAGUACCAAUUUCCUUCUGAAACAGCAAAAUCUGUACAUUAUUCCAAACUUUUGGCCACCAGUGUACAAACAUGAAAUACUUUUUUUGGGCUAGGAAACUGGUGGCAACAGCCCUCGAAGGUCUGAAUGUACUCAAGAAUUUGCACGUCUUUGCAGAUUUCCAUUACCUCUGAUCUUGAAAGACUGCUGGACCCUAAACAAGAGGAAUUAGGAGUAAGCAAGAUCAAACCUCGGAGUGCACUGGAAAUUUCUUAUAUUGUUUUGCUCUUUGAUUAGUUAUCAUUUCACUGUGUUACAGUGGUCCUAAAAAGUAUUUAGAAAUUUUAUGUACAGUUUGAGUUCCUUUGCAUUUUAUAACAAAAAUGAUCAAACCGAUGGCAUUUAUUUUCAAACAAUUUUCAAUCAAACUGAGUUUAUACAUCCACUAAAAAUCACCUUGACACCAGUUAACAGUCAUUGGGAAAAAAAAUGGCACAGCAAAGUGAAGUUAUUUCUGAGAAAUGCUUAAUUUGCAUUUGAGCACUCGUUUGAUAUUUUGUUAUCUAAUGCAAUGAAAUUCACACAUUUAAGUGUGGGCCACUGUAUAUAAGAUUUGCUUUCAGAAUUCACCAUAUCCAGUGAGUAAAUAGAGUAAAUCUAUUUUUAUAUAAUUCUAAUCUGACAAAUUUUCAUCUACUAAGUGGAAGUACUGCAGCUAACAACAUCUGUUUGUUAUUUUUCUGUUACACUGAUAUCUUCACCCUGUGAGCGGUUACAUUUACACUGAUCUAUUGUUUGAGCUUUUGAUUAAAUUAUUAGGAUUACAUGUGCCGUCCUAAUUUAAUCUGUAGCAUUCUAAUAUAAUUUGCAUGUAACUGAAUGCAGAUAUGAGAACUUGUCUUCAGUUUGUUGAAAAUGAAUGAUUGUAGGACAGAUUUGGUUUGCUGGUCAUAGUCCUGUUCAAUCAUUGUCCUGUGAUGUGAUCUUAAAGGUUCAAGUAUGGUUUUAAUUGUCAAUCAUUUAACAUACAAUACAGAGGCAAUGGCAAAAAAGCUAUCAAGGUACUCUACAGCCUUACUUGGUCUAAUUAUCCACACACAAUGCAAUCUAGACUGCAGACAGUGCAAUCUAAUAACAGUGCCUCAAUAAAAAUAAGUUGUGGAUAA